AUGACGAAGCAGUCUGGGGUAUGCUCGACCUGUCGAUCGCGGAAGGUCAAGUGCGACAGAGUGUUGCCCAAAUGCUCCCCUUGUCAACGGUUGAGGCUGGAUUGUGUUCAACAACAUCCUCGUUCAAGUUUUGUUUGGACCGCUCCAAUACUGAGCACUGGUAAAUCAGCCGAGAAUAAUAUCAGCAGUGGAGAACAUGAAAUUGAGCAUGGGGCUCGACGGCAGGCGCUCUUCUCAACCAAAGAUAGGAUUGAGGAAUGCCUGCGGAUGACAGACGAAUUGCCAGACUCUCAGAUCGAUCAGGCUCUUACCAAGUUGGACUGCCAGUCUCCCUCGAUACAAGCCGAGGGAAAUGCAUUGCACAUUGGGCCGUUUGGCAUGUUUUCCCUACAGGAUUCAGCCCCGCCGCGUUCUGAAAUCAUUUCUACCCUUGGGGACAGCCCUCCGGCAGCCAAGAGCACCCUAAAGAACUUGAUAACGUCUCCCGUUGUAUCAGAAAAAACCUCAACCGCAAUUGAAUCUAUUGAGUGCGAUGCAGAAGUCUCAUCAGAACCAGCAUUAGCUCAAGAAAUCUCUGGGCUGUUUGACGACCCGAUAAUGGACUUUUUGAACAUGCCAUCUCCAAGCAAAGCCCUCGACGAGUUUCUGGCGCAGAAUACGCUACCUUCUUGGGAAUUCCCGUCCGUGGAUCUGGAUUCUUCCUCCUCGUCUUCUGGGAGCGUCUCUUCCCCGCCGGGUCUUCAAGGAGCUACCGACGUUGCCCAAGAUCAUAUCCGCGCUGGAGACCAUGGUACGACUACUACUACACUGGGAUUUCUGGAGUGCUCAAGGCCCUUCAAUCUGCUAUCACCCCUAGACUCGCAGCUUCCGCCAAUACAGAUGGCGUCAGAUAUAUGCGACCUGCCGACAACCACCAUGAGAUUUCUAAUCGACCACUAUCGGUCAUCAAUUGCGACGAGGCUAGCUCCACUGCAGCACCUUCAAUCUCCAUGGAAAGCGAUUCAUCUUCCAUCUGCAAUGCAGACCAUUGGAGACAUUGCCCUACGUGGAGAUUCUGGUAAUGCCGGGGUCGCUCUACUUUUUGCAAUCUUAGCUACCUCUGCCUUCAAUUUGGACUCUUUUGGUGCCUGCCCUGAGAGCACGCGCAAGGCUACCGCGUGGAAGAAUAUUGGUGAAAUGUUUCGAAAGCGAGCGAAAAGUCGUUUGCAAUCUGCACUGCGGGAACAAAGCAAGGGAAAAUCGUCAAAGUACAAGGAGUUGCUGGCAGCUCUGCUGAGCAUGGUCACCGUCUGCGUUGCCAGCGGGCAAAUGGACCAAGCGCGCUGCUUCCUCCUUGAUGCCGAACGAUUGAUCUGGCUACGUGGUUUGCGCAAGUCGCCCAAGUCUCGUAAAGUGCUCAUGCUGCAUAGCCUCUUUCUUUAUCUCCGCGUCGUCGAAGAGGUGACUGCAACAGAUCAGCUCUGUUCCUCAAACUUUUACGCCGAUGACGCCAGACAAGCUUCUGCAGCAGGAGAUUCUGGCAACAAUUCUUCCCUCUCAUGCUGCCGCUGGCCGACCUUAUGGACUAGCCGGUCCCGGAAAGGCUUGGUUGUUGAGCAUGAGGAUGUGUGUUCACUCGAAGAUCAGCUCGUAGCACUUCCGGCAGGUUCAAAAGAAAUGUCCGCAUUUGAGCGAAUCUACUCAAUUCCGGAAUCGCUCUUCACUUUACUAUCCCGAGCCACUCACCUUGCACAUGCGCGUAUCCGCUCAUCGUCAAAGGCUCAGCGAGCCGAAGACGCGAGCAAUAGCGGCGGCAAUGGCAGCGGCAGGGUUGGUGGUAGUGGUGGUGGUGGUGGUGGUGGUCUCACCAACGCGUUCUUGGACCAGGCCAAGGCUACUGAAACGUCUAUACUCAGCUGGAAGAAUCCAUACCGCGUCAUGGCGGAGCUGCAAUUAUCUUUUGAGCGAAGCGAGGCAGCACGUUCUACCGCGACAGGUAGCGCUUCUACAAAUACUUGUACUGAUACUCCUAGCUCGUUUGCCUCUUCCCUCGACACGGACACAGAUACCGACAAUACGGCUGCCCCUUUGAACAUGGAAACCCGGGCAGCUCUUCUAUUCGAUCUUAUCGAAGCCAUGCAUUCGGCCCUCAUCAUUUAUUUCUACCGCGAAGUCCGCGACAUCAGCUCCAUUGCCAUUCAGCACUACGUUGAGAAGACAGUGCAACACCUGCUCAAACACGAGCAGCGCAAGCUCGAAUAUGCCGAUCACGCCUCCGAUAUUUGCUGGCCCGCAUUCAUUGCAGGCUGCGAAGCCCACAGCAUCGAAGCAAGAGACCAGAUAGCCGCAUGGCUGUUCCGAGCCGGCGAGCGCAGUGGCCUCCGCAUGUUUUGUACGGCUCGAAACGCCCUGUUCAAGGUCUGGGACGCCCGUGCCAAAUGUGCUGAUCCGGACUUGCCCUGGCGGCGGGUCAUUGUUGAUGAAGGCGUCGGCUUGAUCCUAGCCUGA